CUUUGUGGCUGCGGUUGGCAAGAUGGCGCCGGUGGGGGUGGAGAAGAAGCUGCUGCUGGGGCCCAACGGGCCCGCGGUGGCGGCGGCCGGCGACCUCGCCAGCGAGGAGGAGGAGGGCCAGAGCCUGUGGUCCUCGAUCCUGAGCGAGGUGUCCACGCGCGCCAGGUCCAAGCUGCCGUCGGGCAAGAACAUCCUGGUCUUCGGUGAUGAUGGUUCAGGUAAAACAACCCUCAUGACUAAACUACAAGGAGCUGAACAUGGCAAAAAAGGAAGAGGCCUAGAGUAUCUCUACCUCAGUGUCCAUGAUGAGGACAGAGAUGAUCACACACGCUGCAACGUGUGGAUUCUGGAUGGAGACCUGUACCACAAAGGCCUGUUGAAGUUUGCAGUUUCUGCUGAAUCGUUGCCAGAGACCCUGGUCAUUUUUGUCGCGGACAUGUCUAGACCUUGGACUGUGAUGGAAUCUCUACAGAAAUGGGCUAGUGUUUUACGUGAGCAUAUUGAUAAAAUGAAAAUUCCACCAGAAGAGAUGAGGGAGCUGGAACGGAAAUUUAUGAAAGAUUUUCAAGACUAUAUCGAACCUGAAGAAAGUUGUCAAGGUUCCCCACAGAGAAGAGGGCCUCUGACUUCAGGAGCUGAUGAAGAAAAUGUUGCCCUGCCUCUCGGCGACAACGUGCUGACUCAUAACCUGGGGAUCCCUGUGUUGGUGGUGUGUACCAAGUGCGACGCGGUGAGCAUCCUGGAGAAGGAGCACGACUACCGGGAUGAGCACUUCGACUUCAUCCAGUCACACCUCCGGAGGUUCUGCCUGCAGUAUGGAGCUGCCUUGAUUUACACAUCAGUGAAGGAAGAGAAAAACCUCGAUUUGUUGUAUAAGUACAUUGUUCAUAAAACAUACGGUUUCCACUUUACCACACCUGCCUUAGUUGUGGAAAAGGAUGCAGUUUUUAUACCUGCAGGCUGGGACAAUGAAAAGAAAAUAGCUAUUUUACAUGAAAAUUUCACAACCGUGAAGCCAGAAGAUACGUAUGAAGACUUUAUUGUGAAGCCUCCUGUGAGAAAGCUGGUCCACGACAAGGAGUUGGCGGCAGAGGAUGAACAGGUGUUCCUAAUGAAACAACAGUCAUCCCUUGCCAAGCAGCCAGCCACGCCCACGAGAGCCUCCGAAUCCCCUGCAAGAGGACCCUCUGGCUCUCCAAGAACCCAGGGCCGGGGAGGACCAGCCAGCGUACCUAGCGCCUCUCCUGGCACGUCCGUGAAGAAGCCAGACCCAAACAUCAAAAAUAACGCAGCAAGUGAAGGGGUGUUGGCCAGCUUCUUCAACAGUCUGUUGAGUAAAAAAACAGGGUCUCCUGGAAGUCCUGGUGCUGGUGGGGUGCAGAGCACAGCCAAAAAGUCAGGACAAAAGACUGUGUUGACAAAUGUUCAGGAAGAAUUGGAUAGAAUGACUCGAAAACCAGACUCCAUGGUAACAAACUCUUCAACAGAAAAUGAAGCCUGAUCCUCCUUAAAAAGUGCAUAUGUAAAAUGACCAAAUAAUUAUGUAUAUUGAUCUGCUAAGACCAGGAUUUUUCUGAUAUGGCACAUGCACAUGCUAUCAGUUUUUUGGGGCAGGGGAGAUGAACUUAAAAAAAAAAAACAAACUACUGCAUUGGCUUGUCCGAGUGUGAAAUGCACAUUUAGGAAGGUUACGUGUCAGACCCCUUUGUUAAGAAUCACCCUUGGACUCUCGGGCAUGUGGCUGUCUUGUGGGAAGCAAGUGCCACUGGGCUUUUUCUGCAGGGCCGGGUAGAUGGACAGAAAGAGGGCCCGUUUCUUUCAGGGUGGAGCGAAUGAGACCAGGCGAUCGUGGCGGUUAGCCUGACCAGUCGUGUGUUAGCAAAUUCACUUGUUCUCGGGAAGCAGAUUAAGUAGCAAAAAGUUCAGGAAAGAGAACGACUAAAAGGAGGAAUGAGAGAAGAGGUGGUGGGAAAGCUGAGCGUUGGCGGACGUGGAGGAAAGAAGAGGUGAGAAGUGUUGCUGACUCCUGUGUGUUCAGCGGAAGUCAGUCGUUUUUAGAGGCAUUUCAAACUAAACACUAAGAAUUACAGAAAUAAGACUUCUUCUGAAUGCAUCUGUAGCUUUCGAAAGAUCUGUUACGUGGGGAGUGCCUGAGUCAGGUGGAGGUGACAUGGGUGGAGAAGAUGGCAGCUGCCCAGGACUCAUGACCUUGGCCCAGGCCAUGUCCUUAGGUGAGGGGCAGGCCUCGCGUCAUGUGCCUCGUGGGCAGACAGUCACUGUGCGGGAUGUUUUAAGUCAGCAGUUACAAAAUUAGUUUACUUUGAAUUGUGUCUAAAUAGCUCCUGCUUUGUUUUUUUUUAAAUUAAACAACUUUUUUUUACUACCACAAACCAGCCUACUAAUAGCGAAUGGUGACCAACCUCUCAUUUUACCAUAAUGCAAUGUGCUACGCAAAGGUUGAGGGGGUGGUUUAAUUUAAUUGCACUCCGAUUAAUUGGCUUGCACCAGUCCCUGCCUUACGGUCUGUGGAAACCUUCACAGGGUCCCCUUGAUGCGAAGGGUCUUGUCCUAGCUCCCCAGUCUGAUCAGUGCUAUCAGAUAGACAAAUCAGUGUGAAUGUUUUAUAUUGAAAAUGGAAAUGACACAUUUCUCUUGUUUUGUGUUUUUCAUAAAAUGUAGCAUUUUUUUCUUAAGGAAAUAAGAGUUCCAGGUGUCUCCAUUAAAGGCGGCAAAUUCAUGCACAUUGUCAUGUCACACCACCGUUCCAGAAGUUACUUCUGUGGAUUUGAAAUGGCACUUUUAGUUUUAUACAUGACACAGAACAUUUAAAUGCAAAAACACUACCAUGAAUUUAAUGUAUGAAACAUUUGUUGUCAAACCAAGGGAAAACCACCAUUCACUUAUGUGGAGUUUACUUUUUUAUACGAAUGUAUGUUGUACUGUGUCUAAGAAUAAUUUCCCUGGCGUCGUUACUUUUACAUACCAGAUCUGACUGACCACUAACAUAAUGCUGGGCAUGACUUCAUACCUAUGUUACCAGACUGUAAGACAGUCUGGAAUUGCUUUUUUUUGUAAAGGUCAAACACUGUUAAAGAGAAAGCUGAGUAUAUACUUACCUUUCUGACACAUACAAAAACAUGUUUCUUGUGCCAGUUUUAUUAUUGAAGAUAUACUUCCCCUGCUUUUGAAGUUUUUUGUUUUUGUUUUUGUUAAAUGUAUUGUGGCUUCCAGUAACCAGUGUCCAGGUAAUGACAGUAAACUGACUGUGGAAUGAUGGCGUAGCGACCAAGAGAUGCCAGACAGCUGUGGCUAUGCCAGUGGUGGGGUCAAUUGCUCCCUCUUUACUAAUGCAGGGGGCAAAAUAAGUGACUGCACAAACAAGGUAAAACUCUUGGAAAGGCACAUGCGUAAGAGGGAUACAGUGCGAUGUUAAAUUUUAUUGUGAAAUUUUACUUUUGGUUUCUUUUUCAUCGUUUAAACUGAUAAGCACUUUUUGUGUUAAUAUAAAAUGUUCUAAAAUCGAUGAAAUGCUAAAAACAUUUGUCUUAUGAAGGAAGAGUUCUUAGAAGAUCGCUUUCACUUUCUCAUGACAAUUGGAUGCUCUUAGUAGCGGAAGAAUCUGAUGUAUAGUGUCAUUUGCUCAGUGGUUGCCAAAGUCUACCAACUUUGGGGGAGCUGCAGGGUUCUCUUUUGGGGGUGGGAGGAGGGGAGAUCUUUUUUUGUUUCUGGGGGGUUUUCAAGCAUUGGAACCAAAGGCCAACCAAUGAACAGCCUUUACUUUUCAAAGUAAAAUUCAUUUUAUUUGCAGAAUACACUUAUAUGGCAGACUGUUAAAGACAAUUUUGUGACUCUGUAUACAUUAUGGUGGUUGCAUCCGCUGUUUGUCUUUAAAAUGGGAAAAUCAAAGAAGCCCAACCUUGAAGAUGGGCCUCAAAGAAGGCCCUGAAUUGGUCUUUCCUAAAAAUGCAACGGGUAUGCUGCUAGAAUUAUUUAAUUUUGUUUGCACUUUGUUUUUGAUUGGCAUUUUAAAAUCAGUAUUUAAACUGAAGAUACUGUGUUUUAUUAGCUUAACAAAUUGAAAGUGACUGCUCUGUACAUCAUGACCUUAGCAAUGUUGAUGCUGUAGGUGAAAACUCACUGUUGUCUCUCUACUAAGUUUAUUGGUGUUUUUAACUUAAAAUGAGGACUGCAGGUUAUUCCCCCACCAGCCUUAGUCCAGGGGUGUGGCUCGAUCUGGACAUAGUAUGCAGUCAUGUGGAACCUUGCUUUCUAGUGCUGGAAAAGAAGAUGUCUCUAAUUACUGGCUUCAAUAAACAUGAAUCCAGACUGCUUAUAAUUUUUGGUGAGUUUCUUUAUAUCAU